AUGAUCACAUACACUCCCCCAGAGGCAUACACGGUGCUAGACCAGCACAUUCACAAGCCGAAGCCAAUUCGAGUGAUCGUUAUUGGUGCCGGAAUAUCAGGCAUUGCUUUCGCUUACAAGGCGCAGUUCCUGGAAGAUGUGGAAUACACGAUCUACGAGAAGAACACCGACGUGGGAGGUACAUGGUUCGAGUCUCGAUAUGUCGGCGCGGAAGAGAUUUGGGAUUUCUAUCGUGCGCGAGCCAAGGAAUAUGGAGUUUACCAAAACGCCAAGUUCAGCCACAAGGUUGUCGGAGCUGUGUGGGACGAAGACUGCGGCAAGUGGAACGUCAAAAUCGAGGAUACGAUUACCGGAGUAGUCAUCGAGGACUCUGCUGAAGUGGUGUUGAACUGCGCCGGUGUGCUCAACCGGUGGAAGUGGCCCGAAAUUCAGGGUCUUCACUCUUUUGAAGGGAGGCUCGUACAUACUGGUAACUACCCGCAGGACCUGGACCUGACAGGAAAGCGCGUUGCCGUUAUCGGCGCCGGGUCUUCCGCCAUCCAGGUUGUACCAACGAUCCAACCAAUCGUCAAGUCGCUCGUCACGUUUGCCCGUUCGCCCACCUGGAUCGCGCCCCAAUUCGUCGGUCGACUAGCUCCCGAAGGCCGAGGAACAAUCUACACGGAGGAACAAAAGGAAAAGUUCCGCAAAGACCCCGAGUAUCUCAAAACCUACCGCCGAGAGGUCGACCACGAGCUCAACUCCAGGUUUCCCAACUUUUACAAGGGCUCGGAGGCCCAGAAAGCGUCGCGUGAAAUCAUUGAAGCAAGCAUGCGCGGGAAGCUCGACAAGAUGGACCCUGCUCUUCGGGAGAAGCUCAUUCCCGAUUUCGAUUGUCACCCCGGCGAAGGCUACCUUGAGGCGCUACAGGAGGACAAUGUCGAGAUUGUUAGGACCGGUAUCCAAGAAGUUACGAGCAACAGCGUCAUCACUCAGGAUGGCACGGCCUACGAAGUCGAUGUCAUAAUUGCUGCGACCGGCUACGAUACCUCUUAUGUACCAGCAUUCCCCUUGAAAGGGCGUAACAGCGUCGGCCUUGGCGAGACGUGGGCAAAGACCGGCGCCGAGGCGUAUUUCACAUGUGCAGUCCCCGACAUGCCUAAUUACUUUAUGGUUGUCGGCCCCAACACCCCCAUUUCCAACGGCUCUCUUAUGCCCUCCAUCGAGGCGCAGGUUGAUUUCGCGCUUUGUUUCGUGGACAAAAUACAGAGACAAGGUGUCAAGUCAGUCGUUGUCUCGCGGCAAGCGAAUACUGAAUUCAACGAUCACAAAGAUGCCGUCAUGGACCUGCUGACGUUUUCGGGAAAUUGCAACAGCUGGUAUAAGGGCGGUACCUCGAAUGGCAGGAUUGUCGGUCCUUGGCCGGGCUCGGUGAACCAUUUCCUCGAUUCCGUAAGGAACCCUCGUCUUCAGGACUUCGAUUUUACGUACGGCAACGAAAACCGAUUUGCCAUCCCCUACCGGACGGCCAAGAGCGAGGGCAUGGGAAGAACAACGGUGGGCUACCCUUGGACUACCCAUGAUUGCAAUCCUACCCUCGCCCCGAUAUUUCUGCUUGCCCCCGGACAUCUUACGGAAAUCACUUUGAGAAUGGCGCAUAUAUUCGAGCUAGCAGAGUCCUUAUCGGCCAAGGUUAACUAUGCUGAUGGCACAAAGGCUAAUACUGAAUCUAAAUUCCCUGCGACUGAAGUUUUCCAAGGGUUCAAUAAACCUUCCCGCCUGGAAGGCGAUGUCCACGACCUCGAGGUGACGGGAAAGAUACCCGAGGACAUUGACGGAACUUUCUUUCGUAUCCAGCCGGAUCAUAGAUUUCCUCCUGUGUAUGAAUCUGAUAUUCAUUUCAAUGGGGAUGGAAACGUGACAGCUAUCCGUCUUAGUGGUGGUCGAGCACACUUCAAGCAGCGCUACGUGCACACGGAUCGCUACAACUACGAGACCCAACACAAAAGGCAUUAUUCGGCAACUACCAAAGAGGAUGGACCGGCCUACGCCAUGGACCCAGAUACAUUAGAUACAAUUGGCCGCUAUGAUUUCGAAGGUCAAGUCCUGAGCCCGACCAUGACUGCUCACCCCAAGUUUGAUCCGAAGACGGGCGAAAUGAUCUGUUAUGGGUAUGAAGCUGGCGGUGACGGCAAUGAUGGGUCCCGGGAUAUAGUUGUCUAUACAAUUGAUGCAAGCGGCCUCAAGACUGAAGAAUGCUGGUAUAAGGCUCCCUUCUGUGGUAUUAUCCACGACUGUGGGGUCAGCGAUAACUGGGUGGUUCUUCCGAUGACACCGCUCAAGUGUGACCCCGAGAGGCUGAAAAAGGGCGAGAAUCACUGGGCGUGGGACCCAAACGAGGAUCAAUGGUACGGGCUUGUGCCACGGCGUAAAGGCAAACCUGAAGACAUUCGGUGGUUCCGCUCUAAGAAUGGACACACAGUCAGCUGCUACGAAACCCCUGACGGAGAAGUAGUGUUCGACCUGACUAUUGCAGAUGGGAAUGUCUUCUUCUGGUGGCCUUCCGUGGAUACCCCCGCCGGUACUGUAGCAAAGCGAAACAAGUUGCACAACAGCACGACGCGCUGGAUAUUUGAUCCACAGGCUCCGAACAACUCCUGGGUGGACCCCGUCGAAGAGCGAACCGAAUUCUCGGGAGAGUUCUCUCGCAUCGACGACCGCUUCACAACGUACAAGUAUAACCACUACUGGCAAGCCAUCAUCGACGGCUCAAAGCCAUAUGACUUUAAAAAUGCGGAUCGCCAGCCGGCGGCCUCUUCAACACGCUGGGGCAUUUUACCUGGGACAACUCAACGACCGAGACGUUUUGGGCGGGUCCAUGUGCGACCUUCCAGGAGCCCGCCUUCAUCCCACGGGCCGGAAGCAAGGAGGAGGGAGACGGGUAUCUUGUCGCACUUCUAA